AUGUCGGUCCCUCCCGGCGUCGAGACCUUCGGGCCCGACUCCCCCUGCACCCUUGACACCUGCCCCGUCGAGUGGAGCAUCUACGGGUACCGGCCGUCGCUCGCCGCCAACGUCACUUUCCUCGUCCUCUUCGCCCUCGUCGGCCUCGUCCACAUCUAUCUCGGCUGCCGGUGGAGGAGCUGGGGCUUCAUGGUCGGCAUGAUCCUCGGCUGCCUGAGCGAGAUCAUCGGCUACGCCGGCCGCAUCAUGCUCUGGAGCAACCCGUUUUCCUUUGUCGGCUUCAUGAUCCAAAUCAUUUGCCUCACCAUCGCUCCCGUCUUCUUCACCGCCUCCAUCUACGUCACCCUCUCCAAGGCCAUCAUGUACUUCGGGCCCGACCUGUCGCGCUUCAAGCCCCAGCUCUUCUACUGGAUCUUCAUCCCCUUCGACAUCGUCUGCCUCAUCCUGCAGGCGACGGGCGGCGCCAUGUCGACCAACUCGGACGGCCAGGACAACACGGGCGUCGACAUCUCCAUGGCCGGCCUCGCGCUGCAGGUCAUCGUCCUGACGGCCUUUGUCGUCUGCUUCGCCGAUUACAUGAUCCGCUACUGGCGCUCCGGCCGCACGGCCGCCUUCACCUGGCGCAUCAAGGCAUUCUUCGCCGGCCUCUCGGUCGCCAUCACCUUGAUCCUCGCCCGUUGCGCCUACCGCGUCGCCGAGCUGCGCGACGGCUACCGCGGCGAGCUGAUCAAGGAGGAGGUCCCCUUCAUCAUCCUCGAGGGCGUCUUCAUCGUCCUCGCCUCCAUGGCCCUCUUCUUCGGCCACCCCGGGUUGGUCUUCAAGCGCGACGAGCCGGCCAAGGCCGACAACGAGAGCGGCGGGGGCACGCCCGAGCAGAAGCAGGAGGUUUCCACAAGCUGA